UGGUUUCCUGUAUGAAUAGUAAAUGUAAACCACGUGGUGUGAAAUCAGACUGCAGCUUCUUUUGUUCAAAUCAAUCAAACCGGAGACGGACAGAGAGAGCGAGCUGCUGAAUCAGGAAAUCGCCGGUACAUUUUUGGAAACCGCUUCUAAUCUAAAAAUGCCACGCAAGAAGGUGACAGACAUCUCAGGAAAUGGUGGGGUGAAGAAGAAGAGGGUCAGUGCGAAGAGGAAAGAGAGGGACUUCAGUAGUGAUGACGAUUUUGACUUCGAGCAGGAGAACAACAAGAAACCUGGCAGGCCUGCCACCAAGUCUGGUCUCCAGCCCGUCACUGUGCCAGACGACAUCAAAGAGAAAAUAAAACUUGAGUGCCCAAAGGUAAAAGGUCAACUGCUCAUCUUUGGAGCAACCAACUGGGAUCUGAUUGGAAGGAAGGAGGUGCCCAAACAACAAGCUGCAUUCCGUAACCUGGGCCAGAAUCUGUGGGGUCCUCAUCGCUAUGGUUGUCUGAAUGACAUCCAGGUCAGCUGUGUGGUGUCUGGUCCCUGUUCUGCACACAGUCUCCUAAUGACCACUGAGGGCAAGCUGUGGAGCUGGGGUCGUAAUGACAAAGGUCAGCUGGGUCACGGCGACACCAAGCGCGUGGAAGCUCCAAAGAUAAUCGAGGCCCUGGCAGAUCAGGUGUUUGUUUCUGCAGCCUGUGGACGCAAUCACACCCUGGCACUCACAGAGGACGGCACUGCAUACUCUUUUGGUGAGAACAAGUUGGGGCAACUUGGCCAAGGAAACCAGACUGAUGCCAUCCUCAGCCCAGCACCAAUUUCCUACAAUGGACAGCCUCUGGUGAAGGUGUCCUGUGGUGCCGAAUUCAGCAUGGUGGUGGACUGCAAAGGAAACCUGUAUUCCUUUGGCUGCCCAGAGUACGGACAGCUGGGUCACAACAGCGACGGCAAGUUCAUAGCUCGCGCCCAGCGCAUUGAGUACGACUGUGAGCUCAUUCCUCGUCGGGUCGCCAUCUUCAUCGAGAAGUCCAAGGACGGUCAGGUCACGCCUGUGCCCAACGUGGUGGUUCGAGACGUGGCCUGCGGGGGAAACCACACUUUGGUGCUGGACUCUCAGAAGCGAGUGUUCAGCUGGGGUUUUGGGGGUUACGGUCGCCUGGGCCACACGGAGCAGAAGGAUGAGAUGGUUCCUCGGCUGGUCAAACUGUUCGACUUCCCUGGACGUGGUGCCAGUCAAAUUUGUGCUGGUUAUCAGUGUUCCUUUGCUGUCAAUGAGAUGGGGGGUUUGUUUUUCUGGGGGGUGACCAACACUUCCAGAGAGUCCACCAUGUACCCGAAAUCUGUGCAGGAUCUGUGUGGCUGGAAGAUCCGCAGCCUGGCCUGUGGGAAGAGCAGCAUCAUAAUUGCUGCCGAUGAGAGUACGAUCAGCUGGGGGCCAUCACCCACAUUUGGAGAACUGGGAUACGGAGACAACAAACCUAAGUCCUCCACUACUGCCCAGGAAGUCAAGACCCUGGAUGGCAUCUACAUUGAGCAGGUGGAGAUGGGCUACUGUCACUCUCUGGUCAUUGCCAGACAGGACACUCCGCAGGAACAGGAGAAACUGAAAAAGCUGCCCGAGUACAACCCCCGAACAAUCUGAGCGACUCUGCAACAUCAACGCCUCAACCUUUUCCCCACCGGAGCGGAGACCAGCCCUGCUCGGCACCAACACCUUCUGGUCAUGGUGAUUUCUUAGUGGGGUGGUUGAGUUCGGGAAGUGGUGUGGGCGGGGGGGCAGAGGGGACACUCAAAAAUUCUGAAAGUUAUCCACUCAUCUCAACUACCAGCAAACUGGCUGUGCACCAAUUAUUAAAUCCGGAGACGUCACGUCCCACUUUGAGCAACAGUUUGCUCCGAGCACUUCACAUCCAGCAGAGUCGUGCUUCCCAAAAAACCCCCCCUCUUCCAUUUUGUAACACAGCCAAACAUUGUCGUCUUCAUGUUUCUCGUUCUGUUGUUGUUUUGUCGCAGUAUUUGAAACGAUAGCGUUGUUUAGUCACAUUUACGGGUGCUACAGCAGAGUCCUCGGUCUUUUCCUCCUGAGGACCUUUCAAAGGUUUAACAACACUCCAUACCUGUGCCUUUUUCUACACGUCUCUUCAGGUUAUGGAUGUUCUGUUUCUGUUGUUCAGAGAAUCAGCUCAUCAGUCUGAUGUAAUGGACAUGGCAGUAUGAGCUAGCAUGCAUGUGUCUGUUUGUGUGUGUGUGCGCGCGUGUGUGUGUGUAACUGCCACAGAUUACAAUCAGGAUUUUGGAACACAAUGUUCUGAGUUAGUGCACUUCACUCAAUGUUACAUUCCUUUUAUUUCUUCCUUCCGUCUUCAGUGUUUGCAUCAAGGAUGCUCACCUCAGUCCUUCUGUGACCACACUGUUUGCGAGGUCUUUGCUAAUUUGACUCACAUUAAUUAUUCCAGUGCUGAAAGCAGUUUUACAAGCCGCUCAGAACUUAAAAGAACCAAUGAUGUGCUGUCUGUCGUUCUUUGUUUAUGGUGUUUUUCUCUGAUCUGUCCUACAUUCUUUUUUAUAGUGGAAUUUAUUGGGACUACAUUGUUUUGUUUUUUUCAUUGAAAUGGUUAAAUAAAGAUGUCAUGUUAACA